CCGCGGCUCCUCCCUCCAUCUCGCUAGGCUUUAAAAGCGGCCGAACUCGUCCGCCACUGCCUGCUAGUGACCAGCUUUCGCCUGUGCCAUUCCCAGCCCGAAGAGUCACCAUGGCGUUUGUUCCUCCUCCGGGAUACCAGCCAAUCUACAACCCGACAUUGCCCUAUGCCGGCCCCAUUUCUGGAAACCUCCGUGCUGGGAUGUCCAUCUACGUGCAUGGGAAGAUCCCACAUCACAUCUCCAGAUUCCAAGUGAAUCUUCAGUGUGGCAACUACAGUGGUUGUGACAUCGCUUUGCACAUCAACCCCCGCUUUGACUUAUGGGACAAGGUGGUGUUCAACGCCUUCCAAGGUGGAAACUGGAUGUCUGAGGAGAAGGCGCGUAUGCCCUUCAGGAAGGGGGAUGAGUUUGAGAUGGUGAUCAUCGUGAACCAGGAGGGCUACCAGGUCAACGUGAAUGGACAGAACUUCUACUUCUUCCAGCACCGCCUUCCAUUUGAGCAAGUGGACACCUUGGAGAUUGGAGGUGAUGUAGUCAUACAGACCAUCAACAUCAUUGGUGGCGGCUGGAGCGGAGGGGGUCAGCCAGGUUACCAGAGCCAGACGAUGAAUAUUCCCUCUUUCCCAGGUCAGCCAGCCUAUCAGGGUCAGCCAGGCUAUCAGGGUGGAAUGCCAGGCUAUCAAGGAGGAAACCUUCCGGGUGGCAUGCCAGGCUAUCAAGGAGGAAACCUUCCGAUUAUGGGUGGUCCAGCAAUCUACAGUCCGGUUGUCCCCUACAGCAAUAUGAUUCCAGGAGGCCUUUCACCCAAGAGGACCAUCAUCAUUCGGGGCAUGGUGCUUCCAGGUGCCAACAGGUUUCACAUCAACUUCAAGGUCAGCUAUUCGGGUGAUAUCGUGUUCCACUUAAAUCCUCGCUUCACGGAAUUCGUUGUCGUAAGAAACAGCUUCCUGGGUGGCUGCUGGGGCCGAGAGGAAAGGGAGCUGGAGUUCAACCCCUUCCAGCUGGGACAGUACUUUGAUAUGUCCAUCCGCUCAGGCAACCAGCGUUUCAAAGUGUACGUAAAUGGACAGCAUCUCUGCAGCUUCAACCACCGCUUCCAGGAGUUCCAGCAAGUGGACACUCUAGAGGUUGAAGGCGACGUCCAGCUCUCCUAUGUUCAGUUUUAGUUCUCCCAACAUACCAAAGUGGGUUUGAUGUGCUCAACAUCAUUACAUAGAAGUGUCCUCACUCUAUUCAAAGAGACCUGACUACUUUGGUCAACAGAGUUGUUAAAUUUCAGAUCUCCUGCUAUUUCUAAAUUUGUAACGUUAAAAUUAUCUUGAUGAAUCGGUUAUUUCUUGUAAUAAAGUGAUGCUCAACUAA